AUGACAUCUUCCACAACGAGGAAGCGAUCAACGCCCAAAAGGGCCGAAAACACCACAGAGGCGAAGGCAUCAACGAAAUCUCAUGCAAAAGAAUCGGAUUAUGGAAAACGGUAAGUGUCCACUCUUCGUUCCCCGAUUACCGUAAGUCGAGUCUUUCGGGACGAAUAAUUCUUUCUUUUAAAAUGGACGCUUUCAGAGCUGCUCUUCUAUCACUUUCCAGGGUUCACGAGAAGGAAGAAUCUCUUUUAACAUCGACCAGUGGGUUUGACAACUACAGAGGACUAAUAAACUUAUGUCUUAUUCUCUUGGUAAGGGAUCACAUUUCGAGGAAUAAAGUCUAUUCAUUUAUUUGCGGUAUUUACUCCUUCAGACAGCAAUUGCAUCAGCAAUAACGAGAAGUAGAUACAAAAAAGAUGGUGGAAUAAUGUGCAACGAAGAGAAAAAGAAUUAUGCUUAUUUCCUUGGAUUACACAUGUAUACACUUCCCGAUUUCUUUUCCAUCCAAAUUAUUUUCGCAUGCUGCAGGAUCACCUAGCUGGUUUCUAUCAUAUCCUGGGCUACAGUCUCGGUUUUUUGACAAAUCAUUUAAUAUUUACCGUUCAUUUUGUUCUCAUAACUUAUCACAGAGUCUUUUUAUUGAUAAGAUCAUUGGAACUUUUGCCAGGAGCUACAUGUCUUUAUUUACUUACCUCGUUUGUUCAUGGAAGUAAAGGAAAUGAAAUGUUUCGUAGACUUCGCAAAAAGCCAUUGUUUAUUCAGGCAGCAAGAUUCAGAUUGUGGCUGAUCAGUUAAAAUAACUUUUCUCUGACAUCUGUUUUGAAUUUGAUAAACUUACGAAAAGGAAGUGCUAUUUUAGAGUGAUCUCCAGCAAUAAUUGAUCCGUUUAACCUCGAAGAUCUUUAAAUUAAUUAUUUUAAUAAAAUAUUGGCCACGUAUUUUAUUUGUCAGUUUUGCAUGAUAAUCGCAUAGACACAUGAAGACAUUCAAGAAAUAUACAUAUUUUUAAUUCGCAUAAUCUGUCUGCCUGACUGAAUGUCGAGAUCGUUAUGAGUAUUGACCAAAUGCCAACUGGGGAGUCAAAGAGGGUAUGGAGUACUUUCUUCAUCAAAUUUUGAAGGAUUAAAACAAAUCACAAACAAAAAAAAGAGGCUAAGAAACGUUACAGAAAGGUAGUCAGAAAAAGGGACAAAUUGCUAGUAACAAUCCUGAAAGAUAAUCUGGGUAUCCUGUGGUCAAUGAAUUUAAGUGAGUGAAACUGGAGAGAAAAGGACUUUUGAGCAGGGAAUGGAUACAAAAAUCCAUGUGAAUACAAGAGGAACGUAACAAUAGAAUAUUACAUGGCCACUUUGUAUUUGCUCUUGUUUAGUUGACAUCAUUUUCAUUGUUCAAUAGAGUCAGUGCAUUCUUUUUUCAUUUUUCAUUAAGGUGAAAAUUAAAAGUCAAUCUUGCAAAUGAAAACAACAACAAAAAAAAGCUGUCAUCCAAACCCCUACACCUCAUCCUUACAGUGAUGUUUUGCAGAUUUUCCUUAAAUUCUGAGGUCAAGAAAAACUGUGACCUGAAAACUACCCACAAUGCUUUCUGGGGUUGUUGCAUGCUUUUUCUGCACUUUUUUUGGCAGUUUUUCUUUAAACAGCUGUAUACAAACUGUGUUAUGUCUGACAGUUGUUUUCCGAGAAAGUAACAUGGGAUUGCAAAUAAUGAAUUUCAUAAAAAUACUCACAAGUAGAUGUAAUUAAUUAAUGUGCAAUAACUGCACAGUACUUUCAUUUCUUGGCAAAUUGUCCUGGAAAAAUAACCAACUGUCUUUCUAGACUUCUCCACCCAAAAUUAUAUGAAAUUUUUAAAGUGAAAACUUUUCCAACUCCAUUUAAAUGGAGGUGGUUUGAGUUCUAGAGUAUGAAUAUUGCUGAGGCAAAACUGCAAUAUUUUCUCAGACAAAGCCAACACAGAAAAUUUUUUCCUCAACUUUACUCUUUGACCCCUUUCUGAUUGACUAGCAUCUAAUUUCUCAGUACAAUAUCAUCCCUGUUUUCACACUUCAAAGUCACAAGAAUAAGGUAAUUUCCACCAACCACAGGAGCUCUUGAUUGUUAGAAAAUUAUUGUUUUCAGUGUCUUAGUUAAUGUAAGGACAACAGUAUAGGAAAUAUGCAUCUUGACCUUAGGAUGUAAAGAGGUAAACAUAGUCAACUCUAAGCUGCCCCCUUCCCCCUCCCUUUCUUUCCUGGCAGCCUCAUGGCCAUCGCUGUCCUGGUGUACACUAAAAGUUAAUUUAUUCUGUUGCAGGUGCUCUCCAAUUUCAGGGUAGCACUUGAUAAUUUACUGAAGUAAGUUUGAUUUCUCACAGAACUUCUUUCAUGUGUAAAUGGUAUUUAUAUGUUUCAUGAUGUAGUCUUUUCCAAUGUUGAUUGCAGUAUUUUGGCUAUAUAGUGCUAGUCUUGGUCUCUACCUAUCAAGUAUGGUCCUGUACAGCACUUGGUUGUUUUUAAAAGUUACAAUUGGUGUAUUUUGAGUUUUGUUGGUCUGAUGAUGUGUUUGCUCAUGUGAUAUGUUCACUGUAAAGGCCCAUAUAAACCAGUACUCUAUUGUACAGUUAUCUGAUAUUGAGGAGUUAAUGUUUAUCCUUACAUGUAAUGUAUUUCCCUUGAAGGUAUGGCUUGCUGAUAGAUCCUCUUCAAGUAAUAACUAUCUUCUUGGAGGAUCCAUACCACUGGCCAUCAGCAUCACUUGUGAUCUGUAUGUGAAUUUCUUAAAUUAUCUGCAAAAUUUAUCUUUAAUCUAUUUGAUUUAGUAUACUGGCCCCUUCAUCUGGGACCUUGGGAGAGGAGGGAGGGGGGGGAUGAUUAAACAUAGAGGUUUACUCUAAUUACAGGUAACUUGUUGAGGGAAUGGAGGGUGGAAGAUCUCUUGUUUUGGUUGUUGCUUGGCUUUAUUAACAGCAACUUUUUUGUUGUUUUAUUGUUUUUCAGUUUCAAAUGUGCUUAUUCAGUUGACGUUUGUCGUUGAGAAGCUUUUGGCUGCAGUAAGUACCACUUCCACCACUUACCAGAGCAAGUGGUGCAAACAAUUGUGUGUGAUUUGCAGUGUUAAAGGGAGAGCCGCAUUUUGUUAGUUUUAUGUAGAUGUGUUUUUGGUUUGUUCCAAGAAUUUUUGAGGCUAUUUUUAGGGGCUUGUAAGUAGGUACUUGGUAAAAAAUGGCUAUUAAAACACUUCAGUGUCAGAGAAAGAAAAACUAGCCUUAAUGUUUGAUGCAGUAUAUCUCUUUUUUUAUUAUAAAAUUUAAAUAUUUUCUGUGGCUGAAAUCAUUGAUUUGGUACUCUUCUAUUUUUUUUUUUUACACAGGGCAAAAUUUCUGAGAGGAUUGGCCGGAUAUCCCAUAUGUUUUUGCUACUGUUGAUGUUAGUUGUGCCAUGUACAGUGAUUUUGGUUUAUCUUCCACCACCAUGUACGUAUUGAGAAAAUAUCCAUGUAUUUUACACAUACACAAAUGAAUGGUUUCUCUUAAUUGAGCAGACACAAUUGUUUACAGUGUGCUGUUUAUCCUCAUCUAACAAGAAGCAUUUUGUUCAAAGAUAAAAACAGUCUACCCCUUUGAAAUGUGAGUGGCGAUAUUGCAGCCCUUCUUCUUUAUAACAUUCACUUCUCUGCAAUGCAUGGGUGCCUUUCUCUGUAUCAUAAUUUAGUUAUUGUUAAGGAUUUUGAUGAUUAGUCAUUAAAUGAACUGAAAUUUGAGUUUGAUUGUUUUUUCAGUAUUCAUGUAUGUUAUAAUUUUUUAUAUUUCAUAGGGGCAGCUAACAUUGCUGUCUUUUGGUAUACCAUUGUCUGGUUGAAGCUCAUCAGCUAUGUCAGUGUUAACCUCUGGUAUAGGUUGGGAUUAAUGAAACAUGAAAAGGAAGGUGAGACAAAUACAUGAGCAUUAGAAAUCUGGUUAUCACAAUGUUCCACUGGUUUGUUGUUAGAUCUCCAGAAAUAAGCUUAAAUGUCCACCUUCCCGUGUUACUUUUAACCCUUGUAAAGUUUAGAGGUCUUAACCCUUUAAGCCCUAAGAGUGACAAGAAUUUAAUUUCUCCUUACAAUGUCACUGCAGAGUCAAGCAUAAAGAUCAUGAGAAUUAAGGAAAUGUACAGAGAACAGUGUGGAGAACAGAAUAGGGAUAAGGGCAUAUAGAUUUACCUAUUCUGAUACUGUUAAAUUGACUCUCUUUUGUCAAGAGUUGCACCUAGGGGACAUUUUCAUUAAAUUUUAUGACUGGUUAAUCAGGUGUGAGGCUAUUUCUUGCCCCACAACUUUUCAAGCCAAGUACAAUUUUCAAUGAAAAUCCUGUUCAUUGUUCUCAUAUAGAAUUUUUAUGAUUAAAUCAAUGUUAUUUAUGAGCUGUUUACUGAAUAACUUGAUUCAAUUUUGGCAGGUCAUGUUGCAAAUGGGAAACCUGAAACUCUUCCUUUGGUGAAGUAUCCUGAAAAUCUCACUCAGAAAGGUUAGGCAACUUGAUUGGUACUGGUAUCUCAUCGUAUGACUUGGGUUUAUUAAUGGUGUAAAAUACACAGUUUUGUGUUUUGUCUUCUUCUUUGUGUUUGUUUAGUUUUGUCUUCCUACUUCACUGCCUAUUUAUACCCUUUCUUCCCUGCCUAUUUAUACCCUUUCUUCCCUUUCAUUCUUAAGCAAGAGUGUAGCAAAGGAGGGUUCCAGAUCUUGUUUCACACCUGAAUUUUUAGAAAAAUGAUCACAUCCUGUGUAUUUUAAACAACAUUUCAGGUGUCACAAUUUUAAAAGGGAAACCUUCAAAUCUAUCUUCUUUUGUGCAAGGUUGCAGGGAAAUCUUUUCGUGAAAUGAAAGGAAAAAAAAUUAUUCUUUCACAUAUACUUUAGGCGGCAAAUCAUGGUUCUUAAAUUCACCAAACCACGACCUUAAUCUUGCAUCACAUUUAAAUCCUCAGCCAUGCUCAAACUGGGCUUGUCAUGUGUUAGAUCAUGUUUUGUCAGGUGACACAGUUUAUCUCUAACUCCUUUAUCAUUACCAAUUUAAUUUCAGAUUUAUAUUACUUCAUUUUUGCACCAACUUUGUGUUAUGAGCUCAAUUAUCCCAGAAGUGAAAGGAUACGGAAGCGUUUUCUUUUGAGAAGACUGGCUGAGUUUGUAUGUCCACUUAUCUGUUUGAUUUACACUUACAUUAACUGGGAUGAAUGUGUUAAGUUGAAAUUAGGCAAAUAUGUUCCUUUGAUUUCAUGCACAACUAGAGAAUUGGCAAUGAGAAUGAAAUGCUAGAACCAAACUAGGGUUGAUUUUGUUGUCUUGGCUACCAUUAUUUCUUGAGUUAUAUUUUAAUUCAAAUUUUUUUUUUUAUUUUCAGUUUUUCAUUAUUGGAAUUGUAAUUGGAGCAUUUCAGCAGGUAAUCAUGUUCAGUGUUCUUGCUGUUAAAUGUCUUGUGAAAAAAGAUAGGGUUGUUGGCUUCAAUGUAGAUCUUCCUUUACCAGUUACUAUUUUUGGUGAUCAUAGAUCCAUAUUUAUUGCAGCCAACAUUUGGCCUAAGGGGUAAUAUCUGUAUGCUACACUGAGUGCUGUAAAGGCUAUGCAAGAGAACCUUGAAUAUCAGUGUACACAUUUUACUUUUGUUUUGUUUUUAGUGGAUUGUACCUACAGUAAAAAACUCUAUGAAACCAAUACAGGUAGGAAUGUGACUUCAUAUCCAAGUACAAUGUACAUACACAAUGUAUCGAACCCUUUAAACCUUAAUAUCAGUAUGCAUAUUCUCCAUACAAUUCCUAUGCUAUUGACAAGGAGAAUUAGUGUAGCAAUCAAGAGCUCUUCAGUUGGUGAUCAUAUCCUUUAUUCUCGUGACCAUAAUGUUUGAUUCAGGGGUGAUAUUGUAAGGAGAAUUUAGAUGCUAAUCAUUCCUAGGGGUUAAAGGGUCAAGGUGAUGCAGCUUUUUUCUCUUUCUCUCUUACUCUCAGAAAUAAUUUUCAUGCACAAUGUAACCUCUCCUUGCAAUGUCAGCAUCUUAUCUAGUGAUAAGAGAUAAGAAAUGACAAGUAGGUCAGUUUUUCAUGGCUGAUGUAAAAGAAAAUGUAUAACAGAUGGAAGGGAGAAUUUCUAACAAGAUCGUGAAAAGUUGAGAGUUAAAAGGUUUAACAUGACAGUCUGAUGGUGAAAAUUUAUUGUCUGAUAGGAGAUGGAUGUAGGCAGAGGCCUUGAGAGAAUAAUGAAACUUGCAGUAAGUGUGAAAGCUACUCUGAGGACCUUAAAAACCUUAUUCAAACAUAGAAUGAUGUCAAAGAUGUUUCCAUUAGUCAUAUUUCAGGAGUCUUUUAAUUUACGUCUUUCUGGAGUCAAAAAUGGCUCUGUAAGAUGUGACCAGGGUGUAGGUCUACAUCAGCUUUAUCAAUUGCCUUUCAACAACCUGCUACAUCAAUUAUUACAAUAUACAUGAAAAAAUUACUUGCGUCUGAUUGGCAGAAACAAGUGCAUUUUUCAUGUAAAAUAAAUGCAACUUACAGAUAGCAUGUGCAUGCAGCCAAAAUUUCAUCUGUCUUGACUUUCUGUGAGGCUUUUUUUCAUGUAAAUCAUUUACAAGUAACAACAUGAUUUCUCUUUCAAUUCGGUGUAACAAGCACUGAUCAAAAAAUUUACUUGUGCCUGCUCUUAAAAUGAUGUUGUAACCUGUAACCUAAGUGUUUGAUCUGUCAUCACCUCAUCAUUACAGCCACAUUUUUGUUCUUUCCCCUAACAAAAUAUAAAAUGAAAAUAAAAUAUCCUCUAUUGAACAGGGCUGGACUUUUAUGGUCACAUGACACCCCCUUUUUGACUUCCGUUUGUUGCCCCAAUGGAUAUUUGCUCCCUGAUUAGAUUGAAAUCCCAAUGAUUUCCAUCUUAAACAACUCCUUACCUGUUCAAUUUAAUCUCCCUGUUGGAGGAUAGCUGAAAUAAUAAUACCCCACUACUUGACAUUUAAGAUCGUUUAAAGUGAAUUAUCGCCCAGAAAAAUAGUAUUAUUUUAAGAAAGUGAAAUGUAAUUUGGAUUUAUUUUUCAAGGUUCCCAACCACUUGUUAUGGCUACUUUUCUUCUACGCCUUCUUCCACAGUGGCCUUAACAUUUUAGCAGAACUAUUAAGGUUUGGUGACAGGACUUUCUAUCGAGACUGGUGGUAAGUAUUAGAGUUCCAUCAUUAUCUGGAGACCUGUGAACGAUUGGACCAUAUGCAGUCCUCGUUUUCUAGGAUAAUCCUUUGUGUCAGGCAGUGGAUAUUGGAAAAAAAAAUAUUCCAAUGCCCCUAGGGUUGUCUAGUAAGCGUUUAACAUCUGUUAACAAACAUCUAGCCAUUUUGUAGAGGCUAAACAGUAUCGUUUUGUAUAGGUAAUCACAUGAUUUUUCUCGUGCAAUUUGGAAUAAAUAAGCACGAGUAAAUUUUUUUUAAAGACCAACAAAAUUCCACGAGCCCUUAGGGCGAGUGCAAUUUGUGGUCUUUGAAAAAUUAACAAGUGCUUGUUUAUUCCAAAUUGCACGAGAAAAAUCAUGUGAUUACGUGUUAAUAAUAUACAUGGAAAAAUACGAGAUGGCUUAUCAUAAUUAAACAUAAGCAAAGCGCGCGCGUCAAGUGCAAAAAUAAUUUAUUCAAACCUUGCGUACGAUCAAAACAAUAAUAAAUUAUGCAAUGAUAUCUUCACAUCUUUAAGGUGCAAAAAAGUUCAAAGUCCGGCUAAACAGUUCAAGGAAUUGUUCAGUCUGUGUCCGAAUCACCUUCGAUGAAAUGGAAUCGUCGUUUCCGAGGUUUAACCAUGUUUGUUUUUAAUUUCGGCGUGUGAUCGCUCGAGCAAAGUGUUAAGCUGGGUCGGAUCGUAAUUUUCCAAACCGACAACCAAAAAGCAGUGCGUUUUACAUUGUUGUCGUUGUUUAAGCUGUUUUUCAGUUGCGGUGGUGAAAGAAAGCCUACUUAAAACACCGGCCGUUGUUUCACCCGCAAAUUUUCAAAUUUUCAAAUUUUGUUGCGACAUCCAAGGCUCGCAUUUGAUUGGCUAUGUGUGAGUUUCUUUGAUUAUUGACCAAUCAGAAUGUCUGAUUUGUUUCUUUCUUUGCACUGAAUUAACCCUCUUCUGCACUGAAUUAACUCUCUUCUGCCCUGAAUUACCUGAAAACUGCAUUUAUCUUAACCAAUCAGAACUAAGUAAUUUUUCCAUGUAUAUUAUUAAAUCUGUAAUCUUUGUUUUUUUCCCCUCUGUUUCCAGGAAUUCUCCAAAUGUGGCAUACUUCUGGCAAAACUGGAAUAUACCUGUUCAUCGUUGGGCGAGAAGGUAAGUGCAUACCGUUCCAAUGCUCAAAGCGAUGAUUGUUCAGUGGAAGCUAGGCCACUUGGCAAAGAUUGGGGGAAAUGGGGGAAAACUGGUCAAGUCGUAUUCCAUAUGGUUAUUUAACCUCGCUUGAAGUGUGAGAUGUGGCGGGUAAUUUACCAAGUCUUUUUUAUGCGUCUUUAUGAAGCGAAACAAAGUGAAGGUCCAUAAAUGCUGAAAAAAAACAAAAAAAAAACGGACAGAAACUGGACCUUAAAUGUUCCUCUUGGCUCCAUCUCGGGAAACAUAUAGAGUCUCGAGGAAAUUAAACUCACUGAUUCCCUCGAGAUCGAUCAUUACUUACUUAUUUCACCCGGCCAAGUGAUUAUAUCAAAGUAUUUUACCCUUCUGCAAACUCAGUUCACAAAACUCGUUUGAUGUUCUUUUCUUACUGCUUUCAAAACUGUCUUGAAAACUUUCUCUUUUUUUCUUUUGGUUUAAAAAGAGGCACCUAAGACGUACGGCCUAUCAAAGAACGGUGAACGGGAACUUUUGCUAGAAUAGGUGUAAGAUUGUGGAAUAGCAUCCCAAAAGAACUUCGUAUUAAAAACAGAACCCCGUUUAAGCGUGAACUUAAAAAUCGCCUGUUAAAACUUUUGGAAAUUGAGGAGAUGAAUGUUGAUAUACGCUGCUCUGAAAUUUGUAAAUAUCUCUUGAUAAAGUAACUCUUCGUUUAAGUCUUGUUUCAAUUGUAUUAUAUAUCUUGAUAACUUUGCAAUUGAUUAUUUAAUUAUUCAACGGACUUAAUUUUAUUUUAUUUUAUUUAACAAUUGUAUUUUUAUUAAUGAUUAUCUUUGUUUAAUUGUAUCGGUAUGUGAUCCUUAGCAGAGACAGCACUUGUUUUAGAAGGGUGGCCCGCCUAGAAUAGCUUGCUAAUUGCGGGUCACCUAGGUCUGUGAUAAUAUUGUAUUGCUAACAAAUAAAAUUGAAUUGAAUUGAAAUUGAAUUGAAUUGGUGUUAAUAUUUUUUUCUGCGGGAACUUGCAGAGUCGGCUUUCUAAAAAGCUUAAAUGAUAUUUACAUCUCCUUUUUUUUCCCUUUUUCUUAUGUCCGUGGCAGACAUCUCUACAUUCCCAUGUUAAGGUCAGGUUAUUCAUCUCUUCAAGCGCAAGUUGCUGUGUUUUUACUAUCUGCAUUUUUCCACGAGGUAACUAUCCUUUUCAGGGUCCUUACAAGGCAGGAGCAGUUUUCACUGAUGUUAAUUGUGGCCAAAUUUGUAACAUUUCUAGAAGUGUUUUUCUACAUUGUUCAGUUUUUUUGGUACUUGUUAAUUGAGGUUGGAGGGGAGGUUUCUUCGCCGAGUUUACAGUUUGAGAGGAUACGUUCGAGCAGGCGAAUCGACACAUUCUGAGGAAAAUGCAUGUUGUAGUACUGAUGAAGUGUGAAAGCGGAGCUGACAAAACGGAGAUCGACUGCAACGUACAUGUAUAUGGUACAUUUACUCCCUAGAUGUUCCUCACAAGCACCAAGCAUGGACCACAAUUUAAAUUGUUUCUUUUCCAGCAAAUAUUUGUUUUCAAUUGAGGGUUAUCAGGAGAAGACAGCUUAAAAGCUGUCUAUUCCAGAUAACCUCUGAGUUGGAAACUUCUUAGCCUCCACCCAAGCUAUUCCUUUCACGUGAAUUCUAACUGAAUUGUUUUGAAGUCCAUCUUCAACCUAAGAAGGUUUUUAUGAACAAAUAGUUCUCUUGGUAGCAGUUUUUUAUGUUGCAUUCUUUUUUUAGUUUUUAGUCAGUGUGCCCUUACGACUGUUCAGAUUCUGGGCGUUCCUAGCUAUGCUAGCUCAGGUUAGUCUAAUUCGGUUACUUUUCAGUCUUAAAUUUUUUAGUGGAAUACUCAACGUUAUCUGUAAAACAGGCAUAAUGUUAGUAGGGCUUCGUGUAAUUCAUGCCUCUUUCUGAACGAGUUCGAAGCGGUCUAUUCUGUAAGUUACGAUCUAAGUUUUUUCCGCUCGGAUUUAGUUUUGCUUAAAAUCGGGAAAAAAACGAAAAGAAAGCAAAACAUCAACAACACAAAGAGCAGGAAAAACGAGGUUUCAUAACUUACAGUAAGGACCAAGAAAACAGGGUGAGUAAGAUAUUUAUUAUAUCUCUGGGUUCAAAUAGAGGGGAAGAUUUCCCUUUAAUCCUGAUAGCACGCGAACUAAUUGGGGGUGUAGUAAAGAGCACAUAUUUUGUAAUUUAAAAUGAAUUUCACAGGAAUUUCAGGUCAAAAUGAUCGCAAAGUAUCCCUUUGUUCCAGAUACCUAACCACAAAGAAAAUGCAAAUCAUACACAGUGAAUUCAGUUUAUGUAACCUGAAGUCAAUGGGAAUUGUCUUUGAUUGAAGAAUUUCGAACAUGUAUUAUUUGGACCAGGCUGGUUGUGAAGACAAAAGUCUUUGCAUUUUUUUUUCAGUCGUGAAUCUGUGAAACAACUUGGCAAUUUAUUUCCGAAGUUGUUUUAAGGCACUGUUAUUUUGAUUCUUUCGUUUCGUCACCAGGUACCUCUCCAUUUGAUCGUGAAAAAAUUUCUUGGCGAUUAUCCAAACUAUGGUAACAUGGUGGUAUGGCUUUCAAUCAUUCUUGGCCAGCCGUUGGCAAUUCUGACUUAUGUCCAUGAUUAUUAUAUCACCCACCAAUAGUGACCUUACAAGUCGGGUAAGUACUUUUUGAUGUUAACAGUGAUUGCUAUAAUGAAACAAAAUCCUGCAGCGGACAAUUGUAGAUUAAAUGUAACCAAUUUUGAACUACAAUUUCGCUCACCCUGCUCCGACUGAGUCAGAGCGUCCCUUUCUACAAACACCCGAGAUCAGCCAAAUCAUCAUCCUGUGGGACACUAGGUUUUUCGGAUCAAUAUCAGUAUCUGGGCAACUUCCCACCUACCCCUCCCCUAACCCAACAUUAACCUCAACUUGUUGUCAAUUGACUGCUGUUGAGUUAGGAGAGGGGUAGGUGGGCAGUUGCCCAGAUACUGAUAUUGAUCCGGUUUUUCUAUAUCUAUUUUUACACUUCGACAUCAUGUUGAAAGUGUUGCAUGCUUUUUGGCAGGUUUGAGUUUUCAUCUAUUUUAUGGCAGCUCAUUUUGUAUUUUCUUCUGAUCUACAGUGCCAGACUAUGGUAGAUCAAAGUAGUCAUCUUAGUGCCAGAAGCUGCCGGUGAAGGGAGGUGCCAACUCAAAUGAAGAACAUUUUUAUAGAAAGCAAUAUUAUGCUAAGCUCUCAAGUGACCACAAAUAGUAAUUUAAAUAGUAUAUUUAUUUUUAAGUUUUUUAUCAUUGAUCGAUUGUGAAAUAAAAACGUUUUAGCUCCGCAGUGAAUCUUUCAGAUAAGGAUGAAAAGUUAUUCCACGCUGCUACUGAGAGAAUUCUCGGCCGAGAAUGUCUCAGUUGCACAGAUUAAUUCCAAGCAAAAGCUGUGGAACUGAGGCCGGUGAACCAGCGUGGACUUCAUAGACAAAAUCUUAGAAAAUCUAGACAAAAGAUUUUUUUUUUGGUGGAGGGCUAAUACUUAGGAGGGAAAGAAUACUUCAGUUAAUAAAACGCACCAUGCUACUCUCGGGUCGACAGCUCUUUUUCAUAGAGGACAAAUUGCAUGUGAUUGUCUUCUUGAGAUUCUUGCCACUAACUGCGCAGAAGUAAACAGUGUGUGUUGUUUAUAGUUGGGUUCUUAGCAGUUCCCAGCCCUUGUUGAUUUUAUGCCCUGUCUUACAGUCGCAAUGUGUGACGUAAAUGAUGACAUCAAAGUCUUCUGUGUUAUUGUUUUAUUUACAAUCAAUCUGGUGCUGAUAUUGCAUUUACGUAGAGCUGCUAAACUCGAGCCCUAGUAGAAGUAGAAUGAGACUAAAGUAAGAUUUCCAGGCCUAGAGCAAGAAAUAACUCAACCCACUUUUAGUGUGUUGCUGGACUAUAUAAAAUUAUUAUAUGAUCUGAAAAUUUCACCUGCUCUAAAAAUUUAAUCUUUGCUUGAUUUGCUCUCGAGUUCGAACACUUUGUUGGCGGAGUUGAACAUGUUUAGAUCCUCUUCCGUCCCACGACAGAACAGGAAUAGUUAUUCAUUCCUGCCGCAAUUAUAGUUUCUUGGGAAAAAAAUUUCCAAACGCUUCAAAGAGACAAGAACGAUAUGCUUUAGAACGCCUUCUGAGCGGAAAACUUGUGUUUCUAGUAUUCGCCAAUACGGCAAGCAACUUCGUCAACGAAGAAAGUUUGCGUAUUUAUACAAAUCUUAACACUUUCUUAGAGUGUAGCCGAUCAGAACACGGAUACUGGCUUUUAACCAAUCGAGAGCGAAAUCCAACCAAUAAAUGCGUGACAGUUUCCCGCGCUCACUACAAAUAGCGCAAAAGCCAUUAGAAACUACAUGUUUGGUUCAGAAAGGUCUAUAAUCUGCAUAUUCUCUCUCCCU